UUCUAGAUAGCCCGGAAGAUUUCUUUCUGGACGGCCAACUGCGAGACACAAAAAAGAACUGCCCAAGGCUAUUGUCGUAUACUACUAGCUUACAGAACUGUUUGGGGCGUUCAAAAUUGUUCUAUGGUGGUUUGUUUACGUAGUUCAAACGUAUGUAGUUUUAAGAUGUGACCUGGAAACUGGUUAGGAUCGUGCUCGUGAGAAAAGAAAAGUUCUCGCGCGAGUUGUGGUUGAAGUCUCGCGCUAAGUGGGCUGUCAGAGGCGGGGAGUUGUAGGGGUGAGGCAGUGUUGUGUUACGAGAACCAGCUGUUGUGACCUGCGCACUCAGAGGGGAGUCACAAUAGUGUGCGGGUCUGUAUGCAUGACAGUCGGUGUGACCAGGCCGUCCUGUCAAGUUAGUACUCCCGACUGUAGUCUGCUCGUACGAGCGUCUUGUAGUACCUUAUUUUUUGUCGUGACGACGUCGUAGGACACCACUGCUUUUUCAUGCUUGGGUGCAACUGUGCGGGGGAACCUUGCGAGGUUCGAGUCUCCUCAUCGACUGCCCUUGACGAAUUCCUCUUGCAGGAUAUCACCACGCUGCCGACGGGGUGCAGUAGCGGGCCGAGCGCGGAACACGGGCGGGCCAUGCCGGUGGUUCACCCCGAGGAGAAACCCGGAGUGUGCGCGGGGUGCGGCGGCAGGAUAGUCGACAGGUACUACCUGCUGGCCGUGGACAAACAGUGGCACCUCCACUGUCUCAAGUGCUGUGAGUGUAAACUCAGGCUGGAGUCGGAGUUGACAUGUUUCGCCAAGGAUGGAUCCAUAUACUGCAAACAAGACUACUAUAGACGUUUCUCGGUGAAGCGGUGUGCCCGGUGUCACUUGGGAAUCUCGGCCAGUGAAAUGGUCAUGCGCGCCCGUGAUCUGGUCUUCCAUCUGAACUGUUUUAUGUGCGAGACCUGUAACCGUCCGCUCACCACCGGGGACCAGUACGGCAUGCGGGGGGACACCGUGUACUGUCGGUACGACUACGAGACGCUGGUGCACGGGGAGGCCUCGCAUCUUCCUCUCGGAGCCGCCUGCAGUCCGCCACAGACCCCGACUUCACCGACGGGGGCGCAGUUUUACAACGGCGUCGGCGCCAUCCAUAAAGGCAGGCCCAGAAAACGUAAAAGUCCCGAACCCAACGGUUACAUGCAAGGUGAUAACGACAGCGACACGUCCAGUCAUAACGACGGUUACCAGCAGGGCGGGAACAGUCCCGGACACCAGCCACAGCGACAGAAGCGCAUGCGCACGUCCUUCAAACAUCACCAGCUUCGCGCCAUGAAGUCGUACUUUGCCCUGAACCACAACCCGGACGCCAAGGAUCUCAAACAACUCGCACAGAAAACCGGGCUCACUAAGAGAGUCUUACAGGUCUGGUUUCAAAAUGCGAGAGCGAAGUACCGGCGCAAUCUUCUCCGCCAACAGUCAGAUUCCCAGAGCAGCCAGAACGCCCAGAAGGACCCCAGCAUCACGGAACUACCCGCCAGCACCCCCGCACUGGGAAACGUGGUAUCGCCCACCUCACGAUCUUCAAACAACAAUACCGGCGGCCAGCCAAAACAUUCGUCAUCCAACAUGCAGGACAUGAGCCCAACAGCGCAUGCGCCAAGCGUCGGCAUGGAGUGCCACGUGUCUCUCGCUUCGAGUAUGACGUCAUCAGAUGGACACAUGCAACCACUCACACAUUUGGACAUGACGCAUGCGCACUCGCCAUCCUUGUCAGCUCUAUCACCUCCCAACAGUGCGGGACUUUCCACGCAUGCGCAGUCAUUCCUCCAGGAGAUAGGCCGGGAGUUACCUCAGACUACGAUGUGACUGGGCAUGCGCAGAGAAUAAGGCAAUAUGAACGUUGGUUGCAUUCUUGAACUGAAUUCAUGAACUAAGAAAAAGUGAACAAGAGCUCACCAUGACAAAGAUAUUAGUCAUCAAAAGAAACACAUAUUAAUGCCACUUUAAAACCACAAUAACGGCAAUAAAGUCUUCAUUGUGCCAA